AUGGGAGGCAGUAAGAUGUCCAAUGACUAUGAAAUUGAUGUCGAAGCUGGGAUGUCUUCUCUUUCUAUAGUCAACACACCCAUUGAAGCACCAAUUGUAUCAUCUUACAAUGACCGGAUCCGGCCAUUGCUUGACACUGUCGACAGAUUGAGAAACCUGAAUGUGAUGAGAGAAGGGAUCCAGCUUCCCACCAUUGUGGUGGUUGGAGACCAGUCUUCAGGGAAGUCGAGUGUUCUUGAGUCGUUGGCAGGAAUCAAUUUGCCUCGUGGACAAGGAAUCUGCACUAGGGUUCCUCUAGUCAUGAGGCUUCAGCGAAGCUCCAGCCCUGAACCAGAGAUUUGGCUGGAAUACAGUGACAAAGUUGUUCCCACAGAUGAAGAACACGUCGCUGAAGCUAUUUGUGCUGCAACAGAUGUGAUUGCUGGAACUGGUGAAGGAGUUUCAGACACUCCCCUGACCCUCAGUGUUAAGAAGAACAAUGUCCCAGAUCUUACGAUGGUCGAUCUUCCCGGUAUAACUCGAGUUCCAGUGAAUGGACAACCGGAGAAUAUUUACGAACAGAUUUCUAGGAUGAUCAUGAAGUACAUCGAGCCUCAAGAAUCAAUAAUCCUCAAUGUUCUGUCAGCUACGGUCGACUUCACCACAUGCGAAUCCAUUCGCAUGUCAAGACAAGUUGACAAAACUGGUGAACGGACUCUGGCUGUUGUGACAAAGGCUGACAUGGCUCCUGAAGGUCUCCUGCAGAAAGUAACUGCAGAUGAUGUGAGUAUCGGACUAGGUUACAUCUGUGUUAGAAACCGUAUAGGAGAAGAGACAUAUGAAGAAGCUAGGGUGCAGGAAGAUUUACUCUUCAGGACUCAUCCACUGCUAAGUUUGAUUGAUGGUGACAUUGUCGGCAUCUUGUGA